GUUUCUAUAGAUACCAGAACACGUGAUGCGUGGAUGAGCGGCAUGUCUGUGUAAAAUGAUAGGUAAAAAAUCAGCCGAUCCGCUGGUCUGCCUGUUUAUCAACCAACUAGCCGAAAGCUUUAGCUGGCAAAGAUUACCUACUCAUAAAGUCAUCUAGUGGAUCAAAUAUUUUAUUUUUUUAACAGCGACACAACAGAUAACCUGAGGCUUAUGUAAGUGUGUCUCCCACCACUGUACUCGUGGGAGCUCUAUGAGCUCAAAUAUCUCCCUGUUCAAGAUCCCAGUGUAGCUCAUGCUGAAUGCAGGCUACUUUGUUUGACUUUGUGAUCAACCUGUUGCGUGUACUUUGAGCUCUGAGGGGAGUGCUGUCAGGUUCUGUGACUCUACAAGGAUCUGAAGUUGCAAUGUUGCCAAUUAAAAGUGAAGUAAAUUGCCUCUGGGCAGUUCCACACACAGAAUGAUGUGUUUGCUUCAUCCAGUUGUACACAAAUGGAAAUGAAAGACUUUAUAACGUCAUCAGUCUUCUUUACGGACUCGUUGCACAUCAUGCUCUGGAGACUUUGACCUAAAAGUACUUGAGAAAGUUGCCUUCUUAUUUUUCUUCCUGAAAGAAAACCACUUAAAAAUGGGCCCUUUUAUUUUUCCUUUCAAUAAUCUGCUAUGCAUGCUGUUGGGCAUCUCUUUCACUGUGUGGGUCACACUGCUUUUGGUCUUCAUCAUCGUUCCUGCCAUUUUUGGUCUGUCCUUUGGCAUACGUGGACUCUACAUGAAGAUGCUGCUCAAGGUGUUUAAGUGGGCCACAGUGAGGAUGGAAAGAGGAGCCAAGGAGAAAAACCAUCUUCUGUACAAGCCUUACAGUCUUAAUAGCAUUAUUGCUAAAGAACCUACGUCACUGGAAGAGGAGCUCAAAGAGAUUCGGCGAAACGGGAGCAGUCGAGAGUUGGAUGGUUCCGCCUCCACCUCCACAGGCCCCUCCCCUUCUUCAUCAGAGUUUGAAAUGUCAGACACCUUCUAUUUUUGCCGCCGUGGCAUUGAAAGCAUCGUAGAUGAUGAGGUUACCAAAUGUUUCUCGGCAGAGGAGCUUGAGUCGUGGAACUUGUUGACCAGGAGCAAUUAUAACUUUCAGCACAUUAGCACCAGACUGACAGUGCUGUGGGGUCUUGGUGUUAUCAUCCGUUAUGGGUUCCUGCUGCCUCUCAGGCUAACAUUAGCAAUCACAGGAGUAAGCCUAUUGGUUGUCUUCACCACCAUUAUUGGUUUUCUGCCCAAUGGGAGGGUGAAAAAUUUUCUCAGUGAGAAUGUGCACCUGAUGUGUUACCGUAUCUGUGUAAGAGCGCUGACUGCUAUCAUCACAUACCAUCACAGUGAAAAUAAACCCAAGAAUGGAGGCAUCUGUGUUGCCAACCACACAUCACCCAUUGAUGUCAUUAUACUGGCCAGUGACGGAUGCUAUGCAAUGGUGGGCCAGAUCCAUGGGGGGCUGAUGGGGAUCAUUCAGAGGUCUAUGGUGAAAGCUUGUCCACACAUUUGGUUUGAACGCUUAGAAGUCAAAGACCGCCAUCUAGUGGCUAAAAGGUUGAGCGAUCAUGUAAAAGACAAAAGCAAACUGCCUAUCCUCAUAUUCCCCGAAGGUACCUGCAUUAAUAAUACAUCAGUAAUGAUGUUCAAGAAAGGAAGCUUUGAAAUUGGCUCGACUGUCUACCCCGUCGCCAUAAAGUAUGACCCUCGGUUUGGGGAUGCCUUCUGGAACAGCAGUAAGUUUGGGAUGGUGAAUUAUCUGCUCCGAAUGAUGAGUAGCUGGGCCAUCGUCUGCAGUGUGUGGUACCUGCCUCCGAUGAGCCGUCAGGAAGAUGAGGAUGCAGUGCAGUUUGCUAACAGAGUAAAGGCAGCCAUUGCCAGACAGGGUGGUCUGGUGGACCUGCUGUGGGAUGGUGGAUUGAAACGAGGGAAAGUGAAAGAUACUUUCAAAGAGGAGCAACAAAAAAUCUACAGCAACAUUUUGGUUGGAACUCAAGCAGACCGCAGUCGUUCUUGAGGAGAGGAAGAUGAUUCAGGUGAGGACCUGGAGGGCAAGAGACGGUUCAGAGACCUGGACAACGACGCUAUGGAUUUGUUUUACAUCAAAUCACAAGAGCUGUCCUUGUUUAAUUAUCCCUCUUUGUGAAAAAGGAUCAAAGCUUGUCCAGUGUUAGGUCAGGUCGUGAUCAAAGCACAUCACGAGACGUGUUUUGAUGUUCCUUUGACCGAAGCCAGUGUAGCGUGUUUCAGUCUAUAGUGGCCGGGUGGCUCAUGAGGAGUCAUAAAGAUGCAAUGUGAUAGUUUAAUGGUUUCUUUCUCUUUUUUGUUUAUUACUUGGUUAGUUUUUUUAAUUUUUUAAUUUAAUGUUUUCUUUCUUUUUCUCUUGUUAUCAUUUACUCUUAACGUAUCAUUAGGAUGCAGUAAACUAUUAAAUUUGAUGGCCAUGAAUGGUUCAAGGAAACGCCUCAUCAGGCUGCACGUAGGUGUCCAAGAGUUUUCUGUUAUUCACUUCUAUCUCUCUGCUAUACUUCUGCUGCAUGAGUCACUUUAAUCCUGGAUUUUAACAGGAGAAAACAGCAGAAAUAUGCAUGGCAAACCGGCGAUUUAAUUUAAAGAUAUCAAGGUUAUACUAACCUUUGCAGACAAAUAAUCUGCAUUAACCUUUCAAAAUACCUCUAUGUAAACAAUCAAGCCUGUGUGAAGGGUUUGAGAAGAAUUUGUUAUAUAUUGUUAGAUUUUUUUUCAUCAUUGUGUGACAGAUCCAGAGCUCUUUGCCAUUUCCAUUCACAUCUGAAUGUCAAAUCUUAAGAGUCUUAAUGAUAUUGGCCAAUUGAAGCCAAUUGAAAACUCAAUGAACUUUUCAUGUUCUUCAGGUACUGCAUACAUUCAGAUUAAAACCAAUAUUUGUGAUGUUUAAACAACACUAUACAGUAUGUAUUGUAUAUGUUUCCUAAAGGAUUUAUUUUUAUGGUAACACUUUACAAUAAGGUUCAUUAGUUAAACAUUAGUUAAUGUAUUAACUAACAUGAACUAACAUGAGCAAUACAUUUGUUACUGUAUUUACUAAUCUUCGUUAACGUUAAAUACAGUUGUUCAUUGUUUGUUCAUGUUAGUUCACAGUGCAUUAACUAAUGUUAACAAUAAUGUAUUAGUAAAUGUUGAAAUUAACAUUAACAAAGAUUAAUAAAUGCUGUAGAAGUGCAGUUCAUUAUUAGUUCAUGUUAACUAAUAUAGUUAAUUAAUGUUAACUAAUGAACCUUAUUGUAAAGUGUUACCAUUUUUAUUUUCAGAUCAACCAACCCUAAAAUUGGGACAACUUGUUAAGCAAUAACAAGACUAUUUAAACAUAUUAUUUAAAAAAAUAAAUACUUUUUAUUACAACAAAAUUUGCAUCUUUAACAUUGCUUUCAAAAAGUGCACACAACAGAGUUUUUGGUUCUCAGCUCAUUUUGAAUAAUCUGAUCUGACUCAGUAAGUUAUCUGACUGAUUCAGACGAUGACUCCUGUGUUCGUCUGUUAAUUAAAAACAAUCAAUUUGUUAGUGAAUUUGAAAUGUUGCGCUAUAAAGGUCUGUUCACGCCACAAUUUGAUAGAUUUUCCUGUUUGAUUAUUUUGAAUUUAUUUAUUUUUAAUUUUUUUUCUGUUUAGACCAAUGUGUAAAAAAAGGCAGACAGGCUGAAUGAACAUUAAGUCACGGAGAAGGAAGGAACCGUAUUUUAUGUUUUUUUUAAACAGCUGUUCAGAACACUAAAUGCACGAGUACAGAGACAAAUGACCCAUGCUGCGUCCCAAUUCGCCUACUUAUACUACGCCCUAAACGUACUGUUUUUGUGAAGAAAAAGUACAUACUUUUGAGUGUGUAACAGAAGAGUAGACAAGCUUUGGGACAUCACCUCAUAAUAUAGCGUCUUUAACAGAUGCUCUGUCGCUUAGUUAUGUGCAUCCUGUCACCGUUAUCAUCUUGUAACAGUUAACACUCCACAUUUCAUUUCAUUUCCCACCAUAUUGGAGAGAAAAGAAGUAGCAUGUUGAUCUGCCAGUCGUGGGUCUUUCAUGCGGAGAACUCUCCUUAUAUUUUUCCUUCAUAUUUAAAAGUUAAUGGCCAAAUAGAUCUUUAUAAAAAUUCACAUUGUUGUUGCAGAUGAAAUAUAACAUGGAUAACAUUAACAUUAACAUAUUAGUCACUCAAACCCCUUUAUCUAAACCUCUGUAUUUAACCGUCGCACAUCUGCCAUGUUUGUAGGUAUUUAACACUUUUUAUUCGUGUUUGUAGUUCUGAACCUAAUCCUCCUCAAAAUCGCAAUGUGUUGUGGGCAAUAUUAGCCGUUAGUGUGCAUGGAUCUACACUUCGAAAAUCUACCGAAAAUUGUAGACCAUCCGGUGACUUUUGGCAUACUCUUUUCAAUAUACUAUGCUUUGGGACACACUUAUUAUUCUAAUCUCUUAUACUAUUUAGGAUGGAUUUGGGACACAGGGAUUACAGAUUCUUCCUCUGCUAUUCACUGUCUCUUAGCAAAAGUGUCUGUUUGUGAAUGCUAUUUUGAACAAUGCUACCAUGUAACAGCAGCAGCUCUGGGCAUGUUGGCCAAUUUUAUUUUCAGUGCGAUGGAAGAGAGAUAAGAAAAGUAUUGACGGCAUGUUAAUGUUUGUGUUGUUCAAAUUUAAAUGUUUAUCGCACUUAAUUUUCGCACAGGACAUUAGUCUUGAACAUGCCUUAACUCAGCUAAGAAAUUGCCAUGUUGUUGUUAAAAAAAGAAGAAAAAAACAUCGGCAUAAAAAGCCUCCUAAAUACCAGUGCAGAAAACACUGUAUGCAACUACUGUAACUAGCUCUAAAACUAUAACACUAAAGGGCUCAUAAUGCAAGAUAGUAUUUUCACAACGUGAACACUCUUUGCUCUGUAAAAAGAAAAUGUACCAAGUGUCUUUCCUUUCAGGACUAUGUUUGGUUACAGCCACUGACAAACAAGAUUUUGCUUGUUUAGCUUAUUGUGUGAAAGCUUGACUGGCAUGAGCCACAUGUGUAAAGCCGUUUCUGAGUCACUUUAGCUUUUUGGCUUCUAAUGAAUAAGAUUAGUUUGUAUUGGAUGAUGUCUCAUUCUCAAAAAACACUCAAGCUGAGAAGUUCUGAAUAUUAAAGGAUUAGUUCACUUUCAAAUAAAAAUUACCCCAAGCUUUACUCACCCUCAAGCCAUCCUAGGUGUAUAUGACUUUCUUCUUUCUGAUGAAGACAAUGUUAGAGAUAUAUUAAUAAAUAUCCUGACGUAUCCAAGCUUUAUAAUGGCAGUGAGCAGGACCAAUGCGUAUGAGCUGAAGAAAGUUCCUUCAGUCCACAUCCAUCCAUCAUAAACGUGUACUCCACACAGCUCCGGGGGGUUAUUAAAGGCCUUCUGAAGCGAAGCGAUGCGUUUGUGUAAAAAAAAAAAAUCCAUAUUUAACAAGUUAUGAAGUAAAAUAUCUAGCUUCCGCCAGACCGCCUUCCAUAUUCAACUUACGAAGAAAGUGUAAAACUCUCGCAGUUCAAAAAGCUUUCCUAUUCAACCUAUUCGACGCCAGUUCCGUUUUUUCCGUAAGUUGAAUAUGGAAGGCGGACUGACGGAAGCUAGAUAUUACUUCAUAACUUGUUAAAUAUGGAUUUUGUUUUUUUUACACAAAUGCAUCGUUUCGCUUCAGAAGGCCUUUAUUAACCCCCCUGAGCCGUGUGGAGUACGUUUAUGAUGGAUGGAUGUGGAUGGAAGCACUUUCCCGUCCCGUUCACUGCCAUUAUAAAGCUCGGAUAUUUAUCAAUAUAUCUCCGAUUGUGUUCAUCAGAAAGAAGAAAGUCAUAUACACCUAGGAUGGCUUGAGGGUGAGUAAAGCUUGGGAUAAUUUUCAUUUGAAAGUGAACUAAUCCUUUAACCUUUAUAAGGGUGUGUGUAGCCAUCUUGCACCAACCUAGAUGGUUAUUAUUUGGAUUUCUCAUUCAACCAUCAUCAUAGUCAUUUCAUUAGUCGUUUGUAAGAGCAGCAUCUCUCACAGAGCCUGGACAUUAGCUCAAGGAGGCAUGUACACUACGAUGGAGUUUUGAUUCAAGAAAGUGUGACAUGUGUUUAAAUAUAAUUAUACCUCAUCUACAUGCUAGAAAAUGGAAUUGAAUUGGCCCCAUAUUGUGUAGUCCCUAUUAAUUACAACUUUAAAGACAUAUGCCUGUAAUAAACAGUUUGAGUAUAACCAAAGCUUUAGAGCUCAACUGUGAUCUGAACUAGUACAACCACAUACCAGCAUGUGAAACCAUUCGGCUGCUGGGCUCAAUAUGUGGGAACGACUCUGUUCUCUACACUUUUAAACCAGAUACUGAACGCAUAUAAAUGGCUCUGUGGAAAUGUGGUGAGAGUUUGUAUAAACAUGUCAGCCUGUUUUCAAGGACGCUUAUGUAGUUCUCAGCUUUAUGUGGAGGUUCAACUGGAGAUUCUAUUGAAGCUAUAGGUGUAGAGGGAGCCAUUAUUAAUGUACGACUUAUUCCAGUUCACUGACAUUGUGCUCUUUUCUCUAAUAUUUUUCGCAAUUCAUCAUCAGUUCAGUAUCCUUCUGGGAUCCAGCAAUUUGAUCUACUCUUUAAAACUUAAAACUCACAGGCUUUUCUGAGAUACAAAAUGUUGGCCGUUUUAGCAUGACAACUUCCUUGUUUUAAGACAUUUCUGACAUCACAAAAACAUCUACUUCUGCAAAAUAAUUAUUGUACUGAAAUUAUUUUAUAAAACUGAAAUAAAAUUGAAAAAGUAGCAGUAGUACAGUAUUUUUUUAUUUUGUAAUUCCACUACCAUUAAAUGUUUUUUGUCAGAAGAAGUCUGUUAUGCUCACUUAUUUAUUUGAUAAAGAUACAGUAAAAACAGUAAUAUUGUGAAAUGUAAUGACAUUUUUUAAAUGACAAACAUCCAGCGUUAGCGUCAGUUCUGGCAGGUCACGUCAGUCAAGCUCGCAUCAGCUGACUCCCAGGUGACUUACGUCUACCUAUAAGAAUACGACGCCUAUCACGGCAUUCAUAUAUAAGCUCCUCAGUAUAUCAGCAGCUAUCGCAUUUCUCAGGAGCUGAUUACCCUCUUCCAUCCCCAGCUCCUCCUCUCUUCAGUCAGGAUUGGCCUUAUGAUUCCCCUGAAUCAGACUAAUUCUUGAAAUAUGUGUACAUGUUAAAUUAUUGACAUUAAUUAUAUAUGCAUAUGUUGGUUCUGUUCUGUUUACCCUAGGGGGGUUAUUGCUGCUCUCCCUGCUCUUAUCCAUGCUAGGCUGCAUGGAUGCGCAGGGAGUUCUUGCCCAGAACAGAACCAUACCGCCAAUGCAAACUCUAUGCAAUUAUCAAUCAUAUUUGACGAUAGUGGUCCUGACAGAACUAUUUUAUUGUAUUUUAAAAGGUAAUUUAUUCAGAAUUAUUCAAAGCUAAAUUUUUAGCAGCCAUUAGUCCAGUCUCCAGUGUCACAUGUUUCGUGAGGACCAAAUCAGCAUAUUACUUAGCUGAUUUAUUACUUAAAAAUUAGCAUAUUAUAUUAUAUUAAUGAUUUCUGUUUAUUAUCAAUGUUGAAAACGGUUGUGCUGCUAAAUAUAUUUAUGAAAACCAUGAUAAUGUUUUUCAGGAUUUUUGAAUAGGAAGUUAAAAAGAACAUUAUGUACAGUUAGGUUUAAUCAAUUUAAUGCAUCCUCGCUGAUUAAAAGUAUCAAUUUCUUAAAAAACAAAUCUUACUAAGCCCAGACUUUUGAGCGAUAAUGUUUGUGUACAUUAUUAUUUAUAGUUUAAUGAUUUAUUUAUUUUGUAAGUUGUCAAAUGUAGUGUAUGAUUUACUUCUCAUCUGUGGGGAGACAUUACAGGUCAAUACAGUAAAAAAAAAAAAAAUGUUACAAAACUUGUCAAAUUUUCAUUGGCUUAGCUGUCAUUGACAGUUUUUUUUUUUUUGUAUUGAAAGUUGUAAAACAUCUGUUAAUAUAAACUUAUAAACUUGCCUUGUCAUUGGAGGAACAUGACAAAAAUCUUACAACAAACAAAACAAACAAUUUUUGCUGGCUCUCAUGAGGAUAAGUAACAUUUACCAUGUCUAUGACAUUUUCUUUGAUAUUGUAGUAAACAGUGCUACUUUUAUGCACAGUAGACACUACAAAAAUCCUUUAGAUUAGUCCAGCCUUGAAGGAGAAAGUGUGAAAUUUGUACAUUGUCAUUAAAUUGGAUUAGGUCACCAUCCAUGUUGAGUUGAGUGGGUAUAUGUGUUGACGGAACGCAGUUUAUCUGUCAUAACAGUGUCGCCAGUGAUUUGACUGCUGCCACGCUCUAAAAUAGCACCUUACCAAUACGUCCACCUGUUUGUUACUGUUAGUAAAAAAUGUUCCAAUGUGAUACAGUCAUGUACAACUAUUUAAAUAUGUCAUAUAUGUAAAUAAAAGAACUUCAACACAA